AUGUUAUUACAGAGAAGAAAGACGCCGCUUGAUGAUUAUAAUUUUAACGAAUGUAGAGAAUACGAAGAAACCACGAGAAGUGAAAAGAAGCAAUCACUUAGAAAGUUACUUAUAGAACUGUCAGUACCCGGUGAAAUCAAAGCUAGGGGCGAAACUGCAGUGAAAGCCUUCGAAUAUGAAAUGCAAAAUGGUGAAAUUACGGUAGUUAAUGCAAGAUUCAUGUUUAUGGGGAAGGAAGGAGCUGGGAAGACUUCCUGUGUAAAUCAAAUCCUUGGAAAAGCAUUUAAUGAGAAUGAAGAACCAACUGACGGUGUAGUAACAACAACCGUAGUUCAAACUUCUGGUAAAGACUGCAGCGAGUGGAAGAAGUCCGAUGUAGAUGUGGCUGAGCUAACAAAUCAGAUAAAAGAUGACGCCAUAGCAGAAAAUAUCGCAAAGAAGUUGAAACAGCCAGAAAGCCAACGAAGUACAUCGCCAACUUCUACAUCAUCUUUAAUGGUAAAAGUGAAGGAAGGAACAAGUGUAAUGACGUUGAAUGAAAGAGAAAAUUCUCAGGAACCUGAGGGUGCUGGAGGUUUAUCAACGAAUCAGUCCACGGGAAGCCAUGAUACAUUUGAAAAGAAACUACCAGACAGACUUCAUAAACUGUUGGUUAAUAUACUUGCUAACGAGGGACCUAGCAACGUCGAUGGACCAAGCGAAGUAACAUCCAUAUGGGACUACGCCGGGCAGUUAAAGUACUAUAUAACCCAUCGGAUUUACCUGACAGGUGGAGCGUCAUACGGCGUAGUCUUCAGUUUGCUAGAUGAUUUGAAUGAUUUUGUGAAAUCAAGAGAUUUACAUAAAGGGAAAUUUUCAAUGACUAAUUUAGAGAUGAUUCUCUUCUGGAUGCGUUCAAUAUUUGAACAUGCUGUUCUACCGAAUAUUGAAAACAAGACAAUUUGCUUCAACGAUACGGAAAUAUCCUCUCCCCCAAUCAGUUUGAUUGCAACUCACAAAGACCAGUUGUCGAAGAGUGAGGCAGAAACACGUAUCAAAACCAUGUACCAAACAAUAUUUGAUGCCAUCAAAGGAACAGCGUACGAAACACACGUUGACCGGACGAUGUACGCCGUUGAUAACACUGCAAAGAUUGAUGAAGGGAUUGAGAAAUUGAAGACGAACGUCGGGGGUUACAUGAAGGCAAUGGCAAGAACUGUGCCCACUAACUGGGUUGAUUUCCAGUCUAAAGUCCAAGAACUUGGCAAAAGAAAACUGCGGGUGUCUUUAGAGGAGAUCACCACUGUUGCCAUCGAGUGUGGAAUUGCAGAAGACAAGCUCACCACUGUUCUCGAUUACCUAAAUGACACUGGAACAAUUCUGUACUCUAAAACUAACGAAAAAUUAAAGAACACUGUGAUAACAAACUUGCAUAUGAUGAUCGACUUCUUGACCAAAAUCAUAACAGUGGUAAAACCAAAUGAUAUUGAUAUAUGGCCUACAAUGAUGCCGAUGUGGAAUAAGCUUGAUAACGAGGGAGUUCUAGAAGAAGAAUUACUGCGACAUUUGUGGAGACUUGAGAUUGAGAAAGACGCUGGCAACUUUGAAGUCUUCAUAGAACUGAUGAAGAUGUUCGGAUUACUUUUUGAGAAGCAAAUGGGUGCUAAACAAGGUUACCGAACGUUCAUCGUCCCCUCCCGAUUGCAAGUCAAACAAGAGAGUUUGGAAGUUAAGAAAGACGAAAAGCAGACGAUAUCGAUUUACGUGACUCCCACUGACUUCCUCCCUGAUAGUAUCUACAAUACGUUAGUCGUUGCAUUUCUGGACUUGAUGGCAGUCAAAGGAAGACACUUUGGUCAUGUGAAAUUGUUUCAGAAUUGUAGUGAAUUUGACGUAGAUGAUAAUCACUUGGUGAAUCUGGGCGCUGUCAAAAUUGGGAACAGACACGCACUGAAGCUUGAAGUAUCUCACAGGAUUAAAGUUGAUGAACAUGACGAAGAAGAGGCUCUUGAACCACAUUCAAGCAUUUGCAUGGAGGUAUUAAAUUACCUCAGACAGCAACUGAAAACCGUCUACGGUACUAUAGAAGGUGUAGGAUAUGAGUUACGUGUCCUCUGCAAUGUAUGUGAUCCGACGCUACGACCUCUGCAUAAACUUGAUGAACGUUUGAAGAAUAGUAGUUUGGUAUGCGGAAGAAAAUUAGUGGCAACAACCCGUUUCAAAAGACUUUUUUCAACAGGUUUUGAUGCCAAAUCUGCAGAAGAAAUCAUACAUUUUCUGGCUCUUCAAACAUUGAUUGUUGGACGUGGAAGUAAAGAACUAAGAGAGUACUUCCUAGCGGAAACUAAACUUAGCAAGCAUGAAGUUAGAACGUUCUUGAAAAGUGAGAGAGAAUGCGGAUGCUUGAGGGACGUUGAUUUUGGAGACCAAACGGAGAAUAUAUUUUCAUCAGCCGACAAGUUUGAGGCAUUCGAUAUGAAAAUAAUGCUGAAAUUAAUUCGAUACUGUUGUAACAGUAAAUACGAGGAAGAUUUCUGGAAACAUCCUCCUGCUGAUGAUAAUACUAAGCUGGCAAAUCUCGUGCGGAUCUAUCACUAUAAGAACACGGUUCUAGAUAGCAGGUACAGCAACAGAGUCACAAAGGAGGAGUUUGAGAAACUAUGGAACGAUCUCACGAAGUUGUUUGAAGGUGCUGGUGUUCCCAUUGAAGAGAUAGAAAAAUACCGCAAUCCACGACAAUACAAAGAAGGAGUUAUCGUAGGUUUUAACCAGACGGAAUUUGAAGAAAUCAGGAAUUUUCAAGCACUGUUUUCAGUUAUUGUUGAUCUCGGUGCUGUUACCAUGAGAAAGUAUAUACUGGAUGUAAAUAAAAUAAAAAGAAAGACGUUGGAAUGUAUUUAAUGAAUAAAAAAGGUAGCUUUCAGAAAGGAAAAUUGUUUUCGGAACAGCAGAAAAAAAUGUUCACACCCCAAGCAGACAUCGAUCAAUUUGAUAUAACAAUUUUGAUGUCAAUUAUCCGCAACUGCUGCACCAUUCCGGCCACGUUUUGGACACAUCCAAACGUACUGACCAAUCUCAUCCUCAUCCAUCAGUAUAGAAACAGCAUAGUGGCACACACUCCAAACAGUAGAAUGUCAACUAAACGCUUUGAAGUCGAAUGGAAGAAAGUGGAAUCCAUGCUGCACGCUGCGGGUGCUGAUAAAAUUGAAAUAGACAAAUAUAAUGCCCUUCGAUUUACGACAUAGAUGACAACAAGUAUUGCAUUCUCAGUGGCGCUUUCGUAGUCGGGCAGUUAGUGUUACCCAUAAUCAUUCCAAAACAAUCAAUCCUAAACAAAUCUUCAAAUAUCAGAUACAGUACUCAUUUAUAUCCGCAUUCUUGGUGGAGAAGGACAAAAAUGGAUUGAGUAUAAAAAGAAACGAGCAAUGUUAUCGGCAGCUAUCGCAAAAUACCUUUUAGUUUUAAGCUCGAAAAUUACUGUCACUGUCUAUGCACGCGUCUACUGAGUUAGAUUCAGAUCUACAGAUGAAACUUGUAACUAUUUUUUCCAAUUAUCAACUGCAGAAUCCCGAAGAUUUUUUUAGACACGGGAAGACAAUUCACAAAUAAAUACCAAUGUUGUAUUUUUUUUUUACAUUUUACAUUUACGUCCCAGAAUCAGAUUCUUUUUUACAAUAAAUAGGCCUACCCCUAUUUAUAUGUUUUACAUUAAAUUUCGUCCCAAGAUGUUUAAGUAUAUUGCUAAUAGAAAUUUUAAUUUUUUGCAAUUGAUGUUUUUAUUUGGGUAAGUCAGUUUACAAACAUUAGUUAAGAAAAAAUUAAUGAAAAUUUAUUCAUUCUUGGUGUUAAUAUAAAAAUAGUCUUUGUUAUUAUUAUGAUUAUUAUUAUUAUUAUUAUUGUUAUUAUUAAUAUUUUUUUAUUAUCAAAUAUGACAAUAUAAAAUACAAAAGCCAGCCAAAUGACACAAAGACAUUAGGUCUGCAAUACAGUUAAAACUUUGAAAUCAAAUGGUGGAGUGGAGUAGAAUAGUUUGGUGGUUAAGAUGCUUGCCUUAAAAACCCAAGGUCGUAGGUUCAAUUCCUGGCAAACAGCUCCACUUCCUAAACCUCAUAUUGAGAUUUAGUUCGUGUAAAGCAUCGCGUGUGUAUGUUUGUCUUGUGUAAGGAAUUGUCACUCACAAAGUAGGACAGUGAUACAUUCGCUAUUGACAAUCCC